GAGGCGGCCGCAGUCACGUGUCAGCCAAAGAUGGAGCCGAGGGGAGCCGAGCGAAGGGCGUGCUAAAGUCGGGCGCGGGAGGGCCUGGGCGAGCAGCGGAGGCCGAGGCGCGGCCGGAAGGGACCGUCCUUCCUCCCGAGUGAAGUCAUGUUUUUUAGGUCCAAGAUGGAAAAUCAUAAACCAAGUAAUAGCAAAGAAGAUUUAAUACUUAAUAUCAUAUCAAGAAAAAUUAAACAACUUCCAGAACCAGAAAGGAAUAUACUUGAACGUGGAUCAGCAUAUAUUGGACUUAAUGCUGCUUUCAGUGGCCUAAUAGCAAACAGUCUGUUUCGGCGCAUCUUGAAUGUCACACAAGCUCGAAUAGCUUCUAGCUUACCAAUGGCCGUAAUCCCAUUUCUGACAGCAAACCUGUUUUACGAGAGUUCUGUAAGUUUACCUUUGAGUACAGGUGAGCUGAACUGUGAAACCUGUACCAUGACACGGGGUGCACUAGUUGGUUUAGUUCUGGGUGGUCUAUACCCCAUCAUUUUGGCUAUACCCGUGAAUGGGGGCCUUGCUGCCAGGUAUGAAUCAAGCCCUCUACCACAGAAAGGAAACAUCUUAAAUUACUGGAUUACAGUUUCUAAGCCUGUCUUUAGAAAGAUGUUACUUCCCACUUUACUUCAGACUGUGUUUGCAGCAUACCUUGCGUCUAGACAGUAUAAACUCCUUAUGAAGGCCCUUCAGUUACCUGAACCUGGCUUUGAAAUGCAUUGAUUUAAAGCAAAAUAAAAAGUGAAAAUAA